AUGCACAAGCCAAGCAUCAGACAGCAUUCGGACGCGGAUUCGGACCCAGGCCCAUCACGCAAGCGCAAGGUCCAGUGGGCUGACGAGGACGAUCGCGAUGAUGCGCGGCCCCUUGUCCUCGAAGAUACAGCGCAAUUCCACUUCACCGAGACCCGUGUCGACGAGAAUGGCAUGCCCAUCAUCGCUUCCACGACCGAGGGCGAGGAUGCCGAGGUACAGGCUGAACCUGCCUCGAGGGAUGCUGCAGACUCCAAAGCCCACAAUCUCGAGCUGCGCUCUGAAAUCUACAAUCCAAUCGAGUACGGCGACUUCCGCUCCUACAUGAAGCACAAGCGUGCCAAGCUCAAGGUCCAGGAAGCCGCACUCCUCCAGGAGGAAGAAGCUCUCCUCCGCGUGCAAGCCGACGCAAGCGACAGCACAGCAAAGCAGACCUCCUUGGCAGCCGAGAUCGAGGCGGAAGGUGGACAGCGCUCCGACGCCCUCAAAGGUUGUUGCAUCUACAUCAACGGCCAGACCCACCCUCCUUACAGCGAACUGCGCCGCCUCCUCGUCCUGCACGGCGGUGAUCUGAUGGCAUACCUCGACCAAAAGUCGCCCGUCACACACAUUGUCGCCUCCAACCUCACUCCAAAGAAGCGCAUCGAGUUCAAAGACUACAAGGUCGUGCUGCCCGGCUGGAUCCUCGAAAGCAUCGAGCUCGGCAGAAAGGCGGAUUGGCGCAAGUGGCGCUGCGACGCAAUCACUGGGUCCAAUAGCCACACCUCGCACAGCAUGGUCGCAAGAACCACGCAACAGCAGCAAGGAGCUAGCACCGGCGUGUCGGAUUGGAGGAACUUAGACCGUACUGCCAAGCUGCCAAAGCCGCUGCCUCGUAUCGGAGACGAGGAUCAGGGUACGCCCUGGGGCAAGCCUACCAACCAGACAACGCUCCUCGACCGCUUCACGCGCACAGACAAUCAGCCAUCAAUCGCCCCCUCAAUACAGAAGCAAAGCGACGUCGUCGCCGAUGUUAAUCCCGCUGACGCAAGUACGGCCAGCAAUGGCAAAGGCGUCCGCUUUGGUGAGAACCAUCUCAUCGAGCCUGUGCCCCCGCUGCCCGAAGAGAAAUCACAGCCCCCCGUACCCGAGCCUGUCACUCCGACCAAGCCCAAAGACAUGAUACCCGCGAGUGUGGGCACAGACCCGGCCUCCAAGAAAGCCGCGCUUGCCGUCACCAAGAGCCACUACGCCUCACGCCCUUCCAACACCCAUGCCGCACGUCUGCUCGCCAGUCCCAGCUGGCGCGAACGCAACACGGCCACCAGCGAAGGCUUCCUUGCCGGCUACUUUGCCAAGUCACGUCUGCACCACCUCAGCACCUGGAAGACGAGCUUGCAGGACAUGGUCAGCUCUGCCCUCCGCGAGGCCGGCCGGCCGCUCGCAAGUGCAGACCUUCCCAAAGGCGUUCAGCGCGUGAUCAUGCACAUCGACUUUGACAGCUUCUUCGUAGCCGUCGGCCUCAGAAAGCGCGCGGAUCUGCACGACAAGCCGGUAGUCGUCUGCCACGGCACAGGCGUUGGGGUCGGGAUGCCGGCUCAGAAGCCGGGCGACGAGAACAGGCCGGCCGAUAAUCAGUCGUCGAGCACAUCCGAGAUCGCCUCUUGCAGCUACAAGGCGCGCGAGUUCGGCAUCCGCAACGGCAUGAGCCUCGGCCAGGCCAAGCGGCUCUGUCCGCACGUUGAGACGAUUCCGUACGACUUUGAGGCGUACAACAACAUCAGCCUCUCGUUUUAUGCGUUUCUGCUAGAGCACUCGGACGCGCUCCAGGCAGUCUCGGUGGACGAGGCGCUCGUGGAUGUUAGCUUGCUUCUGCAAAGCAUGCGCGAUGGCGACGCCGCUCCAGGCUCGCUCUACGACCGCUACCGCGACCAUCUCGGCUCCCAAGGCGACGCAUGGAGCGCCGAGAAGCAGCUCGCCGAGGCAUUCCGCGACGAGAUCCGCGAUCGCUGCGGCUGCGAAGCGAGCAUUGGGAUCGGAUCCAACAUACUGUUGGCGCGUCUGGCCACCCGGCGUGCCAAGCCCGGCGGCUCGUUCCAUCUCACCGACGAUUCGAAGCAGCCGUUCCUCGACGAGCUCGACGUCGACGACUUGCACGGCAUUGGCUGGAGCCUUCGCGAGAGACUGCGCGAGAUGUUUGAGACCAUCAAUGUCGGCCAGAUCCUGGCGAAGACCACCGAGCGCAAGCUCACCGCGGAGUUCGGGCCCAAGAAGGGCAAGAUGAUCUGGGACAAGAUGCACGGCAUCGACGCUGAUCGACUCGAGGGCAACAAGCUGCGCCAGUCGGUCGGCUCGCACGUCAAUUACGGCAUCCGCUUCCUCACCGAGCAAGAGGCAGAGACGUUUGUCACGGGCAUGUGCCAGGAGGUCGCCCAGCGCACCCGCGCAGUCAAGCUCAGGGGAAGGCAGGUGUCGGUGCAGGUCAUGGUGCGCGCCAAAGACGCGCCCGUAGAAGCUCCAAAGUUCCUCGGCCACGGCGUGUGCGACACGCACCAUCGCAGCGUCCAGGUCAGCGGGCCUGGCGGAGUGGCGAUCGACGACGAAGAAAGGAUACGCGCGGCGGCGUGGCCUCUGAUCCGCGAUCUGAGGGCGGACCCCAAGGAGCUGCGCGGCAUCGCCAUCAGCUUGAACAAGCUCGAGGCUGCAGAGGGAAACGCACUCUCGCCUGCCAAGCUUAAGGGCGGACAGGCCGUGCUCAACUUCCACAACGCCAGCUCGUCUUCGAAGGCGGCGCCGAAGCAGUCGGCAGUCAGCAGGGAGACCGUUCUGCAUCUGCACAAGACCAGCAAGCUGAACGAAGACGACGACACAGACGGAACGGCGCAUGAACAGAUCGACGAGCCUGGCCUCGAGCUGCCCGAGUCCCUGGAGAAAGGCCCGACCGCGGGCACAUCGCGGCGACCCACCGCAGCAUCGGCAGCCCAGGGAAGUGUCGAGCGCACUCCUGCAGCUCUGCCUCUGUCGACGCAGCUCAUGCUGCCUUCACGAUCUCAGAUCGACCCCGACGUCUUCGAGGCCUUACCCACUCCGUAUCGGCGGCAGAUUCAGGCCAAGUUCGGCGAGGACACGAUCUCUGAGCCUGGCUCACAGACGCGGGCGCGAGUCUUGCCGCGGUCAACGCCGACCACACCUCAAAAGGCUAAAGCGGCGCCGUCGGCUGCGAUGGCCGAAGCGCUCAAGCUGCCAUCCGCAUCACAGAUCGAUCCUGCAGUGCUAGCCGAGCUGCCGGCCUCGGUGCGCAAAGAAAUCGAGCGUCAAGUCGGGCUUGUCCCUGACGACUCUGCGGGCACCUCGUCCGUCGAGAGCACGCCGACACGACGAAAGAACGCGACGACAGCCACGCUCACGCGCUUCCUCAAGCAGGAUCCGAAGCACGCGCUGUUCCGAUCUGCGUCCGAGUCGCCCACCAAGAAGCGGGUUGUGAAUCGGCUGCUGCACACGGCGGGGCAGUAUGCGCCCAAGGACCAGCGCGCAGUGGACAGGGAGGAGGUGCUUGCGAUGGUCCCGAGCAAGAUCGCGACCGAGACGCUACAAGGGCUGGGGAUCGAUGCCGAGGUCUUCCGCGCGCUGCCGAUGGAGCUGCAGCGCGAGACGUUCCGCCACCACUCGGAACAGCGAAAGUCGGAGCAGGCGAGGUUCAAGGCGGGCAAGACGAGCACGUUCGAGGAGCUCACGCAUGCCGAGCAGCGCCGACGCGACACGCUGCGUGCGGCGCACAGCGAUCCCACUGCACCGCCUGCGUUCUUGGUGGCACGUCCGCGAUGGCGUAUCCCGCGUGCGGAAGCGAGGAUCCUUGACAGUGAGCCUCAGAGCGCGGUGGAGGUGCCGUCGAUCCGGGGAUUGACGCGGUACGAGGAUGUCGAGCAGCUGAUCCGACAGUGGUUGCGGGCAUUUGCGGUCACGGGACCGCGCAGGGGCGAUGUGGACAGGAUUGCGACGUACCUCGCACAGACACUGCGUGUGGCAGCGCAAACGAGGGUCGAGGAGGCACACAAGACCGACGCCAUCCUGCGCCUGAUCAACGAGGCUAUCAGCCAAGAGGAGGACAAGGGCAAGCUGGUUGCACGAGAUGCAUGGAGAGAUGCGGUGCAGAGAAUCCGCAGCGCGGUGCAGGCGCAGGCUCACAGCUCUUUUCACGGCGCACACUUGUAG